AUGUUUUUUCUCAACGUGCACAAUGCUUCGCUAUUUCUCGUUACCUCGCUCGCAUUCUCUGGGAUUUCGUUGGCUGGUUCUGUAACCGAAGGUGGCUCUUGUUCCCCGUCCAACGACAGAGUUGACCCUUCGAUACACAAAUUCAUUUCUGAUUGUGAUGAUAGAACUUUCUUUGCUCCGAAACCAUCCGGGGUUUGUGUGAAAAGGUUAUGUCGGAAAGAUGAAUUCCCUUUCGGCUUCGCUCCAGAUGAACCACUUCCGCCAACAUGCAACCACGGCUUUUUCUGUCCCGACAAUGGAUCGGGAUGUCGACCGACACUUCCGAGUGGUGCGCCUUGUGAUAUGGACCGCGAUUACCAGUGCAGUGCGUCAAAGAACUGGAAUGGCGUCUUUAGUCACUGGAACGUAAACGGAUCUGUUUGUCUCAAGUCCACAUGCAUGUACGCCAAUGUGACGGUUGGUUUGCCAUGUAUCCUUGAGCGCACGGAAUACGUUGGCUACAAUCGCGAUAAUGCAUCAUACAACGUUACUGUUAUGCGAGACAAUUGCGUUUCAAGCUGGCCCAAGCUAUACUGUAGCACGACAACCUCCAUAUGUGAAAAGAUGAAAGAGUUGGGCGAACCGUGCACAGUCGAUAGAGAGUGCCUAUCCCAAUAUUGUAACUAUGAAGAACACGUAUGCAGCGAUCCUCCGGGACUGCUGACAAGCGUUGAAGCGUGGCAGUAUGUGCUUACUGCGCUCUCUGUUCUCGGGGCUGUUGCGAUGACAUGUGUGUUCCUUGUCUUAAGUCACAAACGGCAACGAAUGGAGCGGUACUCCGAACUUCUGGAAUAUUACCACGAGCAAACGAGGUAG